CAUCACUACAAACGCUUCACAAACUCACAGCGAGCCGUUUGAUACUGAACUGAGAAACCAAACUACACGACAUGUCCAACCAAGGAGUAAGUCACCACAGGCAGUGGUCCAACAGAAGCUCAAACGAGGGAAACAGAGACACCCAAAAUGUUUGUUCUUUGUCUCAAACUCAAAUUCCUCCAAACACGAUGACUCAAGGUUCACCUGGCAGCGAUCCGCUCGCAGUAAAUCCAGCUCUGAAUGAACUGAGACUGGUUCUGCUGGGAAAAACCAGUGCGGGGAAAAGUGCAACGGGAAACAGCAUCCUGGGAAACAGAUGCUUUAAUGAUGAACUGAGCAUGAGUUCAGUCACUAAAGAGUGCAAGAGAGAGUGUGGAACGGUGGAAGGACGGAAUCUCGUUCUUGUGGACACACCUGGGUUUUUUGACACGGACUUAACAGAAGAACAAUUAAAACAAGAAGCAAUUCAUUGCCUGGCCUUGUGUUCUCCUGGUCCUCACGCGUUUCUGCUCGUCAUACCAAUAGAGCGAUAUACAGAGGAGCAGCAGCGCACCGUAGAAAUGAUUCUGGAGAUGUUUAAUAAAGACAUCAGCAAUCACAGCAUCCUGAUAUUCUCACACGCCGACAGACUCAGAGGAGAAUCCAUCGAAAGGUUCGUUUCAAGACAAAAUCAAAAAGUUCAAGACCUCGUGAAGAGAUUCGGGAGGCGUUUCAUGGCCUUUGACAACACAAACCCUACAAACCCAGAACAAGUGAGUCGACUCCUGCAGAAAGUGAACGAGCUGCUGGCUGUGAAUGAGAACCGUCACUUCACUAAUGAAGUUACAGAAGCAAUGCAAAAAGCCCAGAAGAUAAUAGAAGAGAGAAUACAAGCAGAAAUAGCCGAAAGAACGAGGAAAAUAAAGCAGGAGGUCAAAAAAAUGGCUGAUCUUAGGAGGGCUGAGUUCAUUGCUGCCAUGAAUCAAGAGAGGCAAGAAACUGAACAAGAAAAGAAAUUUAUACAGGGCAGGAUUGGUCAGAUCCAGAUGGAGAUAAAGAAGGAAGAGCAGAAUUUGCCACAGUUCAGAGCAUCUUUGAGGAUGGAGCAGGAGAACCUGAGAACGCUGGUGGAAAGAGAGAUGAAGAAGGAGAUUGAAAGAAUAGAGAAAGAAGAGAAAGAAAAGAAGGACCUGGACAUCUGGAUCCAAGAAGAGGAGCGGAGGAGACUGAGCGAAGGAGGACCGAACAAUCUACUUUCUAAAUAUUACAAUAAAAAAAUGCUGUUUAUGCUGACCAUGUUUUUGCUUGGCCUUGGAUCUGGAUUUGCACCUGCUCUCUUAGCAUUCCUGUUCCCCGCAGCUCCAGCGGUGGAAGCCGGAUUGGCUGCAGGGUUUUUAACCAACUUGUUAGCUGCAGAAGGAUCGGGUUUUGUUUGGGCAGCUGCUGAAGUCGCCAAAGCUGCGAUUCUGACCCAGUGCUCCAUCCAGUGACCCGAUCACCACUGAAAAUCAAGAUGAGUUCACAACUCCAGCAGCCUUACAGACACAUGUCAACAUAUACUGUACAUACAUUUUCCUAAAUGCAUCCCACUUUAUAAACCACAGUUCAUCUUAAAGGGUUGCAGAUAACAGGGAUUGUUCUCAGUCUAUGGCUAACAUUCUGGCAAGGUUUUCUCAUAGUUAUGAAUAUAAACAAACAUUCUUUUUUUGUACAUUCCGAUUAGAUUUUUGUGAUCAUACACUUUUCCUUUCUGUUUGUAAGAUUAGAAAACUGCAUUAAUUACAAUAUUUGUCUAUUCAAGAGAAGGUAUAUCAAACGUUUAUGGCGUCUUUGGGCUUUAUUGUGUGAAGUAAUGAAGAAUCUAAGGAUCUAAUUUGACUUUUCUAGCAAUCUGUGUGUGUAGCUUCAAGAGAGUAACCAUAUCUCGAUUUGUAAGUUUUUUUUUUUUUUUUUUUUUUACAUUUAUUUAAUAUCAUUUAUUUGGUUUCAAUUUUAUUGCUUCUUCUUUUAAGUUUUGUGAUUAUA